AUGGACACCGGCGCAGACCCCGCAGUUGUGCGGCGCGGACCCCUGAGUGAACGUGUCGCGGGGGUCCUGCGUGCGGGGAAGCCACCGUCGCGUGGCUGCUCGAGCAUCAAUCGACUGGCACCUAACGCGAGCACGGCACCGCCGCGGGCACCGCCCCAUUCCCCGCGAAGGCGUCUUGACGAAAAUUGCACCGCCACCCCCCGCUCAGCCUCCACGGUGACAGUGUUGGCCCCAUCAGUCGAAGAGUUACUUGUCAGGGGGCACGACGUUGCCGCGGGUCGAGUGGGAACCUCACCGCAACGGCCUCGAGAGCGUCCAUCGCUGCAGGAUGAAACACACGCCUGCCAGGCCCCUGCGCCGAGCAACCCCGAGCGCGUCAUGGCUGCACCCGCGCCCCAACCGGCCAGUGGCGUUCAGGCGGCUCAAUAUGUUUAUUCCUCCUCGCCGCCGCCGCCGCUGCUGCCUCAGUCCCCUGCCUCGCCACGUCAGGCACCGGGCAGAGAGGCCCCACGGCACCCGUGGGGAACGCAGGUACCACCACCAUCUGAACUUCAACAGGAAGAAACUUCCGGUAGGUCGUCGGGUCGUUUGUCGCUCGUAAGCUUGCAGGGGUUUUCAUCUAACGAUCUAUUCGUUACAGGCAAACUGAUGUUGCAGGAGAAAAUUUCCACAUCAGAAGUAGCAGUAGCAGAAGAAGAAAGAAGCUUUUCGACGCAGCGUGAGAAACAAGACGCCAUUCCACGUGGGAUGUCAAGGGAACCACCACCACUGCCGUACUUUCAGAAAGAAGAAGAGCUAGCGCAGUAUGAUUCGCAUCAACCACGGAUGCUGAUGACAUGGGAAGACAGUCCGAGCCCUUGGACGCCUCUGUGUGGUGGUGCAACGCCUUCUGCGAACGCAGCAGGAGACGCGCUGCUGACGACGCGAAGGCCUGCCCCGCGCCUGACGCCCUUGUUGCCAUCCUUACCGGAACCAGGUGACACCGUCACACUGCUGAUGGUGGUAAAAGCUGCAUCGAGUGCAGACGGCGGGGACAGCGAUGACUACCACGGCAACAGCAUCGCGAGUUACAUGGGGAUGGGCCCUAAACUUGUGUCUGGGCCGAUUGUUUUGCGUGUCUUUAUGUCGCGAUUGCAGCUUGAGACGACGUGCGUCUUUGACCUGAAGAUGGGAGUGGAGCAUCAGUUGGGCGUGGCUGCCGCACGUCAGACGUUGAGAGCCAACGGUGCGGUGUUGCACGAUGCAUUGCCGCUCUCUCUUUUGGAUUUUUCGGUGAUCCUUUUUAUGGAUGUAGAGGCCCCCGAGGAGGCGCGGGUGGAACAGAGUAAGCUGCAGGGGAAUAUACAGCGCCUUGUGCCUCAGCGGGAGCGCACGCCCGUACUGCAGUUUCAUGAGGCCUCGUUGUCGUUGCCGCCUUCACCGCGUGACUGUGAUGCGAUGCUGGAGCGGCUAGAGAGGUGUAUGCGAGCUUCGGCAACGGCGUUGUGGAGCUCCCGUGGGAAAACACAUGCUGUUAAUGGCUGCGGUAGCAGCCGUCAUGCGGUUUCGCGCGAGGAUUUGCAGCGGGGUGAUGAUUGCAUUGAGACCAAUAUUUAUGUGGGCAACGGUGAGGAGGAGAAUGUUGGCGCCAUGCACGACGGGAGGGGGAGGCACGAGAGGGAUGACGGCACCGCAGGUUCUCUGCAAAUGUCGCGGCCGCGGGGUUCGCCUCCUUUUCCGCCGCAAGAAAUUCCAGAAACGAUGUGCGGAGUCUCCGCAGCCGCGGGGGCGGACGCGGUUGAGGGGCCUGCGCUGGGUCAGCGAGGGCCGCUGGAAGACGCCGCGACGCGGGCGAAGCAACAAAUGGAGCUGCUGGCGUGGCUCGGUCGCAAAUUGGGGCGCCGAGGGAGCGGCAGCGGCAGUUCUUCAUGUGAAGCUGGGGGUGAAUAA